UAACGUCUCCGUCAGAGACCCUCCUCCACCCGCCGGAACAACACACCAAACUUCCACAAAACACUUUACUUAUUCUUUAAUUUGAUUUACAAGCGUCCAUUAGCAGGAGGAAGUUGCAGGAGUGUGAUGGGUUAACGGCGGAAGGCCUCACCUGUCGUGCGCGUCACCUGCGCGUCACCCGCGGUCCCUGAGGAGCAGCCUCCCCGGCUCGGUCACAUCCUCCCGCCCCGCCGCUCCAUCACCACCACCACCACCAGUAGCACCAGCACCACCAGAACCAGUGCUUCUCACACCCAGAGGAAGACCGGAGGAGGAACGGGAGUAGACACACGGAGGAACCAUGAAGGACCGCAUGCUAGAACUUCGACACGGGAAGGAGACGACAGAGGAAGAGGAUGAAGUCGCCGUGGGAAUGGAGAAAGGCUUUAUGGACGAAUUCUUUGAACAGGUGGAAGAAAUCCGGGGUUUUAUCGAGUCUCUGGCAGAGAAAGUUGAAGAGGUCAAGAGGAAGCACAGCGCCAUCCUCGCCUCACCUAACCCCGAUGAGAAAACUAAGGCUGAGCUGGAGGAUUUAAUGGCUGACAUCAAGAAGUUGGCCAACAAAGUACGAUCCAAAUUAAAGAGUAUCCAGAACACCAUCGAGCAAGAGGAAGGACAGAACAGGUCAUCAGCUGACCUGAGGAUACGUAAAACACAGCACUCCACACUGUCCCGCAAGUUUGUCGAGGUGAUGUCCGAAUACAACACCACGCAGUCGGACUACAGGGAGCGCUGCAAGGGACGCAUCCAGAGGCAGCUGGAGAUCACUGGGAGAAAUACAACCAAUGAGGAGCUGGAGAGCAUGUUGGAGAGUGACAACCCAGCUAUCUUCACUUCAGGGAUCAUUAUGGACAACAUCACGCAGCAAGCGAUGAACGAGAUCGAGACGCGGCACACUGAGAUCAUCAAGCUGGAGAACAGUAUUAGAGAGCUUCACGACAUGUUCAUGGAUAUGGCCAUGCUGGUGGAGAGUCAGGGUGAGUUGGUGAACAACAUUGAGCAGAGCGUGCUCGGCGCUCAGGAGUAUGUGGAGCAGGCGAAGGACAGAAUCCCAAAAUGCAAAAAGUUGAAAAAGACAAGCAGCCGGGUACUGGCUGGGUGUCCUGUAAUAAGCUCUGGUGGAAUGAUGCCUGAGAACAAGAGUCUCCCUACCUCUCAGACAAGCCUAUGAGACCCAGCUUCACCUCAACCCCUUCACUUAACGUGUAUUCAUUUCUCCUCAACUUCCAACAUCAAUUUCCAUUCAAACCUUUUAAUCACUUAUGGUUGGGGCGUAGCCCUUACGGGAGAAAGAUUGGUGUAACUGUAAAGACUGGAUGAGAAUACCUCCUCUGCAGGCCUGGAUGAUGAGGAUUUUAGUUUUGUUCAACAGAGCCGGACAUUUCUCUGGACCCAAGUGUUUAUAAAUGUUGUCGAUGGGGAACUCAUCCGAGUCCGAUUUUGAGUUUUCAACACCUAGGAUAUUUCCCAGUUCCCCGUGAGACAUGAUAACCACCAUCACGCUGUCUGUCCCUCGGAGUUUUGGAUGUUUAGAGAACCUGAUUACAGCAUUAUCGAUGGCCUGUGAGAAGAAAUUAGAAAGAGUUAGGUUUCAUUUACUUGUCAACCAGGAAAAAGAUAUGUAUUCCACUUUUCAUCGUGACGCACCUUUGCAGUGAGGUUUGUGUAUUUCACCACCUCGUAUCCCAGACCUGUGAGAAGUUUCUCUGCGUUCUCCUCGUCUUUCUCAGCUCCAUGUCUGUCUAAUUCCUCAAGCGUGAACUUUAUAUUGGUGAUAAGCAGCGCCACACGAUUCCUAUAGUUAUCUUUGGUCACAGGGUAAAUCUGAAAGGAAGAGUUUAAAGGAUAUUGUCGUCUUAUAUGUAAAUUGAACAAAAAUGUACCAUGUCUACAAUGAAAACUUUCACAAGAUACAUUUUAGAAAACAAUUUUGAGGUAAACUGAGAUGCAAACUAACUCAAUAAAAUAUCCCAUUGUUUCCACUAGAUAGUAAAUAGCAAUAGGGUAAUUCUAUCAAUUAAGCCACAUUUAUAUGACUUUAAUGAGAGACUGACAUCUUUCUCGUUCUGUUUAUUCCUCCAGAAAUCCUUAGUAGUGGGGAUGAGUGUGGUCGACCAGCCCCCCUCCUUAAUGCUCCGAGGCUCUGCAGCUGCAAAACACAGAAAUACAAGAUUACCUAAUAAAAUUAAGUAUUUGAGUCUGAAAUUACAAUAUUGGUUAGAGAUGUGUUGAUCUAUCUUUCGCAGCCACAACAAUUCAACUGUUUAUUUUUCCAUAACUGAAAAAGGGUUCGUGCUACCGAAGAGAUGGCAUUGUUUUUAAUAUAUGUUUGGUCUCAAAAAUUAACGUUAGUACUCUCUGUCAGUGGAGAACUUCAGAGGCAGCUACAGAGCUGCCAACUAUUCAAAAAACCUUGGAGUGAGAUUUUGUCGGGGGUGACCAAAAUUUCGCCGCGCACGCAGCCACACACGUUGAUGGCUCAAAUAUCGGGGAAUUGGAAUUAAUUUAGUUUGUACCCAUGUUGUGCAUUCUGGUGGUUUGUGGGGCCCAAUGUUGUUGAUAGGGGUGGCCUACUGGAGAUGGACAACAUUGGUUACAUUCUGUGAAGCAAAUACAUAGCUGAAGUUCCACCCCCAGGAAAUUUUGGUUUAAGAAGUUAUUUCCUGCAUUGUAGUGGAUUUUUGGGUGGUAUGCUAAAGAUGUGCAUACCUGAACUUAUUCUGAUUCAUGUUCAUCUGAUCAUGACUUGUAGGGCCUUCUUGACUUGAGCUGAACAUUCAACCAGAAAACUAUUGUUGUGCCUCAAUGACUGUCUAUGUACCACAAUAUAGCCUAAUUAAUAGACCUGUGUUUAAGAUUUUACCAAGGUAGGUUGAUUGACAUUUUGAUUACAAUGGUAUUCAACUAAUUCUUAACUGAAACCUAACCUUUAUUGUUAAUAAUUGUAUUCUUAAGAGCAGAAUAUUUAAAAUAAACAAUGCUAUGAUGUUUUGAGCAUGCAGUAUACCACGAGGUUAACAAGGUGCUCUCCCGCUAUUAGUAAACAAAUAAUUUCUUUCGAGAUUUAAAGUUUAAGAGAGUGAGUACUUAAUUGAACCACAUGUCAUGUCAUCAACUAUAUUGAUGACAUAUUUUAUAUGAUAUAAAUGAUCAAAUAUGCAUCCCAUACUUUGUAUUCCCCUUCUGUUGUCCUGGAGUUUUAAUUUUACCAAUUUUACCAAUCACACUAUUAAAUGCCCCCCUCUGCCCAUCCACUGCAGCCACACAAGCAGUCAUACAGAUAAAAGGAGAGGGGGGGGCGGGGCUAUGUAUUCUCCAUAUAGGCUUGAGUGGAGAGUACGUAAUUUACCCUCCAUACCCGUCAUUGAACGGAGCAAACAGCGGAGAAGUUAUUGAAGAUGGAUGACCUUAUAUUAAUAAUUUAAGUGGAGAAGUACAGUGAGUUGUAUGAUCCUCAGCACAAAAAUACAAACGUGGCGUGAAUGUGUGUGAAAACAUGCAAAAGCGUGUGUCACAUGGUAAACGCGUGAGAGUUGGCAGCUCUGCAGCUACUUGCUAGCAGCUAGCCAAUGCUAACCCGCAUACUGAGGUAAGGAGACAUUCCUGUUGCUGUGACUGGAUUUAAUGCUUUAUCCCCGGGAAUGAGCUCCAGCCAGAGCCGCUGCUGGGCUGAAGCUUCCGAGUCAGAUGUGUUUAUUGUGGGAUAUGUACUUGUCUUGUUCUGGACGUAUGAAGGUGACAGGUCCUGUCUCUGCGUUGCUGUUUGUACUCACUGCUGUGGUUUGUGGUGUGAAUACAGACACUGCAGCAACUCGAUAGUCUUCUGUUCUAUAAUAAUAAUAACAUCAUGGUUUAUAAUGUUAACACCCCUGCCCCAAAAACAACUGGAUGGAUUACAACUAAACUUGGAAAGAUGUGAUGCAGGUCAAAGAAGAAACCAUUACAUUUUGGUGCAGGGCUGGAUCCAGAUGUUCUGAUGUCUUUAACAAUUUGAGUCUAACAAGCAGUGGUAGAGCUGGGGGUGGCCAGGGGUGGCUGUGGCUAACUCACACUGAAUCUUGGCCACCCUAUUGGUCACUACAGGCAACAUGUCACUGGUUUUCCCCAUGCGGAACCUUCCUGCACUAGCACAGGCUCACUGCCGUACACUUAAGCAGGGUGCACAUCCUGUGCCUAGCAAGUCUAACCAGUGGUUACAGGUGAGCUAUUAUAUCAAAACAGAUUGCAUUUCGACACUUUUAGCGAAGUUUUGAACUUCUAGCACCGCUUCUAGUGCUACUUGAUAUUAUAGUUUACCUGUAACCAUACUGCUGCUGAUCACCAUAAGCUGAGCAAAACUAUGUGUUGGUGCUUGGGGUGUUGCUGCAGAAAACUCAAAAACAGAUAAUGCUAUCAAACGAUACUGUUUUAUCAAACCUUACGAAACGAAUUACAGGGGUGUAAUGUACUAAAAUAAAUAAAAUGAAAAACUACUGAGCACGGAAAAUAAAAGUGGUUUACAUCAAAAGUCAAA